UUCUGACAAAUGUCCCUACGCCUUCCGUCGGCUUGAGCUACCAUACAGACGUCAGUGACUGUAUGCUACCGUGAAGAUGGCGGAGGCUGCGGCGGCACCACAAAACCGUUUUUUCUGUCACUGUUGUAAAGGUGAAAUCGACCCUAAACUCCCGGAAUUCACAUGCCCCAGGUGUGAGUCCGAUUUCAUUGAGGAGGUGACAGAAGACUCCAGUCUCUUGGAGAACAGCAGCACUGCAGAGGCCAAUGAUGAUGCAGGCACACUCUUUUCAGAGCUGUGGCAGCUGUUGUUUAUGGAACACUCUGCUCUUCUCUCGGACCCCUCCACCUCUGAGUCUGAGUCUGACCAGAGCCAUCUACAGGCUGCCGCAGUGGAGGGAGACGUAGAGGGCCCUUCUGAAGUGCCUGUGGCCUCUGUGGGAGGCACAGAUCCUUUAGUGCCUGAACCGGAACGCCCCUCUCGUCCGCCUAGCCAGGGGAGGCGACAGUCCCACACGCCAGCAGUGGAGGGUAUUGUGCAGCAGUUUUUGGCUGGUCUGUUUGCCAACAAUGGAAAUCCAAGCAUCGCACCAGCUGCACUGUCUGGCAUGCUCCAUUCAAAUCCAGGGGACUAUGCCUGGGGUCAGGGAGGUCUAGACGCAGUUAUCACAGAGUUGUUAGGUCAGUUUGAGGGCACAGGUCCACCUCCUGCAGAGAAGGAGAUGAUCUCAUCCCUCCCCACAGUCAACGUCUCUCAAGAACAGACAGAUAGCAGACUGGAGUGUCCAGUAUGUAGGGAGGAGUACUCCAUGGGAGAGUCUGUCAAACAGCUGCCCUGCCUCCAUUAUUUCCACAGUGACUGCAUAGUGCCAUGGCUUGAACUGCACGAUACCUGUCCUGUGUGUCGUAAAAGUCUUGACGGCGUCGACCAGAGCAUCCAGCCCCCACCAGAACCCCCAGAGACCCUCUCCAUCAGGACAGACCCUCAGGAGGAGAGACAGGCUAUUUGAGGAUUAGGCCUCCCUGUCUGGCAUCUCUUCUUCCCUUUACUCCUGAACAAGGCUCAUCUCUAUCCUCAUGCCUCGUCUUUGACCAUGCGUUUAUUGAAGAGACAUAUUUCAAUUCAACUGUGCCUCAUUGUCAAAAUUCAACUCUCCUCAAAAAUUCACUUCACAAUGCAUUUACUAGGGAACUUUGUUUGACUUUAGAAAGUUCCAAUAUGCCUGCAGUAUCACCUCACCUGCAAAUGGUUCCAACUGUUUUCUGACAAAAUGUUAUGGAUUCGAUUUGUCCCUUCGUAGUGGUAUUUCUCCCAGUGUUCUGAUUGGCUCUCAUUUUGUAUUCAAACUACAUGAACUGACAUCCUUGAGCCACAGAGAAGUGACAAAUGUGAUGAAAUGAGAUAAAUUGGGGGAAAUCCUAAAAGGUGAGCUGAACUCACUCUCUUGCGUUGAAGCUCUGGGUUAGAUCAUUUGCCCACUGUUCUCGCCGACAUCUUUGGUUGCAUCCCAAUAAUCUCUCCUUUCUCCUGAAGGGUACACUUGUUCACUUUAUGGAUUUGAAAGGAAAUGACUGGCAUAUGGAAACUCCUUCCAGUCCAUGCAUGCUACACCAAUCCAAUGCUUUCACAUUUGUGGGGACUAGUGAACGAGUGCACACUUCCGUAGGAAGCAAUUCAAAUUCUCCCGUCUCCCGCUUCCUCUUAAUCUCACAUAGCAGUAUUUGUUCAUAAUGUCCACCUCUUUUUAUGGCCCCUAUUAAACCCUAAUACUUUGUCCUUUACACUAUCCACCUCCUUCAUGUUCUAACUUUAUGCACUUUUCUAAUGCAUUAGUAUUUUGCCUCUUUCAAUCAUUCUGUUUUUAAUACGUACAAGUCACAGCAAAAUAAUAAAUAUGUUUUUAGUAUUUGA